AUGGGACUGCAUAUCGAUAAACCUCGACAAAUCACUGGAAAUAGUAAUGACGGAAACACAGCUAGGAGAUUUUUUCAGAAAUACUCUUGCUCUGCAGACAUUACAGGUGUAGACGUAGAACUUAUAAAACCAAAAAGUAUAAGAAGUCAGCGGCGGCGGCGGCUGCGGGGCGGCUGCGUGGCGGCUGCGGGGCGGUUGCGGGGCGCGCGGAUUGAUGACCACGUCGGGAUUGAUAAAUGUGCACCAUCAUGUACGUAUGAAAUUCUGUUAUGGGGACAGGCAUCCGACAUUGAGUCUAUCUUUAUCUUACAAAAGCGUGCCGUCAGAGCUAUCUAUAACUUAGGUCGUCGCGAAUCUCUCAGAGAAAAGUUUAAGGAGAUCAACAUUAAUAAUAUGACCGUACCAUGUCAAUAUAUUUAUGAAAACAUUAUGUAUGUUAGGAAAAACCUACUGCUAUUUGUAAAAUUGGGAGUUGUCAUGCUCACUCAGGAGUCUCAUUGGCGGUGGCACGGGCACUGGACCGCUCGGUUCCCUAUAAUAUGGUUGAGUUGGGCGGUGCUGGUAGUCAGCACGGUAACGGAGGAGGAGCUCCGCGACAACCUGACGGUGAGCGUGAUGAGCUUCGUGCCGACGCUGGACGACGACGGCAAGCCCAUCACCUGCCGCGCGGAGAACCCGAACGUCACCACCCUCAGCAUGGACACCUCCUGGACCAUCAACGUCGUCUCCUGUCUCCUCUUUGGUGUCAUAAGAAGUAAAUGCCCGUCAUACCUCUACUCGAAGCUCUCGUGGGUGAAUGCACAUCGCCAGCGAGAGGGUAGGCGUUGUGCGCAGCAGCUGGCUAUACCGCAGCAUAAAACCGCUGCGUUUACCGCGCAAGAGGUAGUUUCAGUUAUUCUUAGUGACACGAUCAAAGAAAUGUGGGCGCUGCGGGCGCUGCGGGCGCUGCGGGCGCUGCGGUGCCAACAAUACAAUGGUAGUGACUGCGACGGCUUGCUUGCAGACCCGCCGGUGGUGCGGCUGAGACUGGGCAGCUCGCUGGCGGCCGGCGACAUCAAGGAGGGGGACGACGUGUACUUCGAGUGCCACGUGCGAGCCAACCCACCCGCCAGGAAGCUGUCCUGGCUGCACGACUGUUGUGUUGUCAGUGCCGGGACUCGAGCCGACUCUAUUCGACCCACUUACCAGCCUGCACAUCCACAUUACACCGCGCUCGCCUCGCCGCGUCGCAUCGCGCGCUGCCGAUGCAUACCGAUGGACGCGAGGGGGGCGGGGCUGCGGGAGGGAGGGGUGACAUCGCGCGGUACAGAGAUAUUGGUGGCGGUGAUAGCCGCAGUGAUUAAACAAAAGCGUGCAUCGCGCGCAUUGGAACUUUACUCUCUGGUCCCCAAAUUUCUAGUAAUUUUAUGUAAUUUCUCAGCUAUGGAAGAUAUGGGUGGGUUAGAGCACACAAAGGCAGAAGUGGAAAAUACCUCUCUUUAUUCGUUAAUGGCAGCUAUUUGCGCGGAGUGGCGCCGGCAGAGGGCGCAGGAUGCGAGGCGCGGGGCGCUCCCUCGCGACCUCCCGUGA